CCCCACUGUUCCUUCCUUCCCUUUCUAGUUUCACAGCUGAGAGCAGGGUGGAGCCACUCACCUGCGGUGGAAUUCUGCCUCACAGAUGUAAGGGAAGGAGAAACCACUGCUGCUCGGCCCUUGGGGACCUCUCUAAAGAGAGACCGUCUGAAGCAGAAGCCUAAACAUGCAUCGAGAAGGAUUUUUCUUAACACUUUGGGUUCUUAGUGUUCAAAGUGCCUCAAAAAAUUGCAUUCUCCGCUCUCAAAUCCAUGUGGUCGAGGGAGAGCCUUUUUAUCUGAAGCCCUGUGACAUGUCUGCCUCUGUGCACAAGAACGAAGCAGCCAGCAUCCGGUGGUUCAAAGACGAUGGCCCUCGUGGAUAUGUAGAGCUGACUCCUGAAAACUCGUCCAGGAUUACUCUUCACAGUAAUGUUUUGGAAUUCUGGCCAGUUGAGCUGGAUGACGAGGGAACAUAUUUUUCCCAAGUGGGAAAUGAUAGUCAGACUUGGACCUUAAAUGUCACCAAGAGAAACGCACACAGCUGCUUUUCUGAAAAGCUGGUGAGGAGUAGAAAAGUGGAAAUCGGGAAAUCUUUUCAUAUACCUUGUGAAAACCCCAACUACAGGGAGCAGAUCAACCACACGUCACUGUAUAAGAACUGUAAAGAAGUGUUCAAAACCCCGAAGAUCCUGAAGAAUGCAGAGUUUGGAGAUGAGGGUUAUUACUCCUGCGUGUUUUCUGUCCUCCACAAUGGGAAACAGUACAACAUCACCAAGACCGUCAACGUAACAGUUAUUAAAGGAAACAAUAAAAUAAUCCCAGCUAUUCUGGGGCCAAAGUUGGACAUUGUUGGAGCAGAGCUAGGAAAAGGUGUGGAACUUCGCUGCAUUGCUUUACUGAAUGAAAAUGAUCAGCUUUAUUGGAGCAUCAGGAAAGAAGACAUAUCAGACCCUAACGUGCAAGAAGAUGAGAACAAGACUACUUGGACUUCUGAAGGCAAACUGCAUGCUUUAAAAACUCUGAGAAUUCAGAGGGUUACUGAAAAGAAUCUCAAUGUUCUGUACAAUUGCACCGUGACCAACGAUGAAGCCACAGACACCAAAAGCUUCAUCCUGGUGAGAAAAGAAAUGGCUGAUAUCCCAGGCCACGUUUUCACGAGGGGAAUAAUUGUGGCAGUUUUCAUCUCCGUGGCAGCAGUUUGUGUGGUGGUUUUGUGUGUCAUCUACAAAGUUGAUUUGGUUCUCUUCUAUAGACGCUUACUGGACAGAGACGAAACCCUAACAGAUGGUAAAACAUAUGAUGCGUUUGUGUCUUACCUGAAAGAGUGUCAUCCUGAGAAUGGAGAAGAAUAUACUUUUGCUGUGGAGACAUUACCCAGGGUCCUGGAGAAACAGUUUGGGUAUAAGUUGUGCAUAUUUGAAAGAGAUGUGGUGCCUGGCAAAGCUGUCGUCGAUGAGAUCCAUUCGCUGAUCGAGAAAAGCCGCAGGCUAAUCAUUGUCCUAAGCAAGAGCUACCUGACCAAUGAAAGCCGUCUGGAACUUGAGAGUGGCCUCCACGAAGCACUGGUGGAAAGGAAGAUUAAACUAAUCCUCAUUGAGUUCACUCCGGCGAGUAGUGGCUCCUUUCUGCCCCCGUCACUGAAACUCCUGAAGUCCUCCAGAGUUCUGACCUGGAAGGCAGACAAGUCCCUCUCACAUAACUCCCGCUUCUGGAAGAAUCUUCUCUACCUGAUGCCUGCAAAAGCCAGCAAGCCGUGGAGAGAAGAGUCAGAGGCAAUGCCUGUGCUUUCAGCGCUCUGAGCUCCUGAGAAGCUCAGUGUCAAAGGAACUGACACCCUUCUAGAUACCUGUGUGUGCCCUUAUUCCCAACAGGGCAGUCGUUCGAAAGACUGAAUUCUGUUAGCAUCCCUCCCAGAAUGAGAUUUGCCAUCGGGUUAUCAGAGAUGAAACAAAACCUUGAUUCAUGACCCGAGCUCCAGGAAGAGCCUGAGCUUCACCAGAAAGCAGUUUGUGACUCUUUUCUCCCCACAUCAGUGGUCCUCAGCCUGUGGGUGGGCCCCCCUUUGCCAAACUGCUAUCAGAUUCAGAAGAUUCAGAAGAGUAGCAGCGUUGCAGUGAUGAAGUAGCAAUGAAAAUAGUUUUAUGUUUGGGGUCACCACAACUCGGGGAAUUGUAUUCAUAGGGUGCAGCACUAGGAAGCUUGAGGACCAUCGGCCUAGAGCUAUCUGCACACCGGCCCAUUCAGCAAGGGUGGACCUCCACGUGCAAACUGAUUCACGACCAGAGCAAGGUGUCUCUUCAGGAGUUUCCAGCUAGUGGGGGAUCCCAGUGGGAGGGUCUUAGGUGCUCAAAGAGGCUCUUUCUACCAGCCAGUCUUCAUCACAGCUCUCCUCCACCAGGCUGGGGAGAUGGGAGAGAGUGGGGUUGCUGUCUGAAGAGAAGGGAAGCCAGGUGAGAGGAAGAUCCAGGGACCUGGCUUCAGGAUGAGCUUAGUGCUGAAAGAUAGUUCUUGGAAACUCAGUCGACAGAGGCAGACUUUGCUUAUUCCUUAGACCUCUUCAUAGAAGGGCAACCCUGAACACCUUUGAGUCAUGCAUGACAGACAAAAAUGUAAAAUCAGAGGACUCUGUGAGCCUUUCAGUUUCAGUGGUCUAAAGCUUCUGUUGACUUUAUGUAAAUAUUUAUAUUUAGGAUCAUAUUAGCUACUAAAGUGCAACAAACAAACAGCAGUAAUUGCUUAUUGAUUUUAUUAGCUGUUCUGAAUGGCCUUGGCUUGUAGGCCAUUCGGCAUGGUGGCUGAGGGUGUGGUCUGAGCAGUCACAUUUGAGUGACAACCUUGGGUUUUCUGCUUCUUUGCUAAGCUCUGGAAUUUUAUCCAAUUUCUCAUGCCUCAGUUUCCUCAUCUUUAAAAUCAGAGUUUAAAGUAAGUACGCCUCCUUGACAAGGGAACCAGGCUGCUCUGUAAAUGAGGCUCUCUGGUGAUGGUGGCAAUGCCUCUGGUUCAUGCUGGCCUCCAUGGAUUAACAGUGCAGUCAACAGGAGCCAGAGAUCAGGCAGGAAAUCAGGUCAGAGGAGACAAGCAGCUUUGAUCUGAGCAGCAAAUUGAGAGAAGAACACAAACAGAGGGACACACACACACACCCCACUCUCUGUUGGAAUAUACAACUCUGGGCACUGGAAGACACUUUUGUCUCUCUCACGGGAGCUGUCACCCUGGGUCUUCUCCAUGGUUCAAAACAAUAGCUGUCUGUGGGAAUUGCGUGUGUGUGCAGGCAUGUGUGUGAAUGCUGACCUGGCAAAGCAAAGAAGAUUCAGAGAAGCCCAGCACGUCUGCAAGCUUGCCUAGGUGUAGCAAAAAUGUUCCUGGAAAGUUUAGAGCAGAGCAGAGACUAUCUGCAACAGAUAUAGUAGAUUUAGAAAAGAAGAAAGAAAGAAAGAAAGAAAGAAAGAAAGAAAGAAAGAAAGAAAGAAAGAAAGAAAGAAAGAAGAAUGGGGAGUCUCAAGUAAUAUUUUUCACUCAUGACUUCAUGUGCUGUUUGACUGGCUUUUAAAAGAAGGAGAGCUCAGCAAAUGUUUUAUGUCCUAUGUGUGAAAAUACAGAAUCAGAAGAAAUGUUGUUUUGAGAGUUUCUGAUAAAUAGAAUUACUUUAAUUCUUUAAUUACUCACGCUUUGACACAUGAUGUUUAUUUCAUAUGAAACAUAUUUUACAUUAAAUCUGCAAAUGCGUACAUGAGA